GUCAUUCGGUGUGAUUGGAGGGAAGUCGUAGAGGGUGGCGCAUGCGCGUUCUGCCGACGCCAUCUCUAAAAACUACUGUGCCUAUUUUAUGUACUUGUUACAAGAGUGAAAUGGGCCUACAAUCGUGAUUUCUAGUGAAUAAAUCAUGGAAAUACUUUACCGUUAGUGAAGUGAAGAAUUUAUUGACAGUGUUUACGUAAAAGUGUCAUCAUUGUGAUUCCGUCAACGAGUGGUAUUAUCUUGCGGAAGUUUCUUGGCCCACAGCAUCGCAUAUUUUUUGCGGCUAUCUCUACCACCGCCGCUACGCUGGACUCUUUUGAUGGACUUUUGACGCCGGGACACCAAGUGUUUAUGAACGUGCGCUUGGGUGCCGUCGGACGCGAUUGAUAUGAAUUCUGCUCUGAAGCCGGUACUGCCUCAACCGGGGGUACCACAGCCGGGCGGCCAAGCGAGUCCUGCCAAGGGGAACGUGGCCAGCAUCAACCACCCAGUGGGGCUCCCGCAGGGCGCGCAGAACUCGCUGCAUCACGGCACCAACAACCUCGUCGGACAGAACCUGACGCACCACGCGCCUGCUCCCGCGCCGCUGCCGCACGCCGUGCCGUCCAUGGCCCCGGUCUCCGCCAACAUGGCACAGAUGGCACAGAACAUGAGUCACCACGGCAACCUCUCCCACGUCACACAGAACUCCGUCGCUCCCCCAAGCAUGGCCGCGAGCCCCAGCAAAAGCGCGAGCACCAGCGCGCCGCUCAGCUUAGUCCAGGACAAAGCUAACAGCUCACAACCUUUGGCGUUGACCCGAACGCCCGAGAAGAAGGAGCCCGACUCCACUGGGCAACCGAACGGAAUCGAGUCUCCAAAAUCAGGGGCGAACGCACCCGCCGCGUUGAAACCUCAAAACCCAGAAACGAACAAAGAAAAACAGGAUAUCGCCAAGACGUCACCCAGUACACCGAAGCCACCCGAAAAACCGAGCAGUGCUCCAAAUACGCCACAGAAAACGGAAACUGCCAAUCUUCCCGCUCAGACUGAAAGUCCGGUGCAACCUAAAGUAGCGACCGCCAAUGAAGCGACAGAGAAGCCGGCGAAACCGACGGAACCUAAGCCAGCGCCGACGGCCGAUGUCGCACCCACACAGAGUGAUAGCAAGCCCGUACCGGAGUCAGCGAAUGACAGUCAACUACAAGAAAAAGUGGAGAAAGCUCCUGCACCGACUAAACAGGAGGCUCCAGUAGCAGAAAGUGCAAAAGUAGAAAGUACCACUAAAACGGAAGAAAGCAAAGAAGUACCUAAAGAGGACAAGACCAAACAACCGCAGGCGAAUGCUGCAGAAGAGAAAAAAGAGGAGGCUGGUAAACCUGAUCCUCCAAAAGAGGAGCCUGUUGAAAAGCCACAAAAGGUUGAGCAGCCUCAGAAAGUUGAGGCUGAAGAGAAAAAAGUUGAAGAGAAAAAGCCCGAGACAAGGACUCCAGCGAAAGCAGAGCUGAAGGCGACACCAAAGUCAACGUUAAAGUUGGCUACGGUGACCCCACCCAUGAGGAAGAGACGGCAGGCCUCCCCAAGUAAAGGCAGUGAAGGCCCCAGCUCUGCAAAGAAACCUAUGGAACACGAUUCUACUCCUGACCCCAGAACAAAAAGGAAUCGGACUAAGGUGCAGCUAUACCAGUCUCCCACUCCUGAGUUAGCGAUGGCGACCAAGCUUUCCGCGUCAGCCGGCCGCUCUACGCCCACCAAACCCAACGACGACAAACUGAUCGUCUUUUACAAGAACGAAUACUUAGCGGUGCGCAACGCAGAGGGCGGUUUCUACGUGUGCCAGGCCAUGCAGAACGUCUACCGCACCACGCGCAAGAUCAAGAUCCGCUGGCUGUCGCAGGACAAGGCCGCCGACGCCUCAGGCGAGACCUACAAGCCCGACUUCUAUGACGUCACUGAUAUGGAAUGCGUGUUGACCACGCUAUCGCUUCAGCGCGCCCCUGGCGGCGGCGGCGCGCAACUGCUCAAACCAGGAGAACAGGCGCGCGCCAAGUCCAUCCUCGACCGCGCGCUCAAGGCGGAACAAAGCGGCGGGAACAACAUGGAGGUCACCGAGGAACAUCCUGACGGGCUGGACUUGUCGCUGUACACGGACGAGUCUCAACUAGAGAAAGGCCGCAAGCGAGGCCGCCACGCCUCGCCGCGCGCUCGCGCCGCUCCCGAAACUCAGACGGAAGCGGCAUCGCCCGCCAAAAAGGCUCGGACGACGCCAAAGCGUAGCCCGAAAAGCGUUCGCAAAGCGAAGCCGAGCCCGCCCAAAACGCCAAACAAUAAGCGGAAAGCGUCAGGUAGUACGCCCUCAGUGGCGGCCACUAGCAAGGUAGGCAUAGUACAACGGAUAUAUAGAAAUACGGCCACAGCGGUGACGGAAAAGGCUAAGCCCAAGGCGACGCCGCCCAAGCGCGCUGCCAAGCCGCCCAGCGAGCCCGCCACGCCGCUGCGCAAGGGCAGAAGGAGCGCAGCUAAAGAGAACAAAGCAUCGCCAAUAGUGCCGACGCCUUCCACGUCAACGGGCAAAAGCAGCCGUACGCCGCGGAAGCCGCCCGCCAGGAAAUAAUACGCGACGCGCGCGCGCACCGCGCCCCGUGCGUGACGCCGGCGCCCUGUGUCACCCCCGUGGACGAUACGACAAUAAACUCCACCAGUCGUGUGAGUGACUUCAUAGUUACGCGUGUGACGUCAUCCAAAUCACGCCCGUCGAGUGCAUAAUAAACCAAUCAAAUGUCAGUCAUGUGAGUUUUGAAGCUACGAAAUGUCUUCAGUCUAUAAGUCUGGUCCGUGAGCACGUAGAAUUUUGUCCAAUGACCCCAAGCUACCCAUCCUUAUCGCUCGCGCGUAAUUAU